AUGGGGCGGAAUCUCAAGGGCAAGGGGGCCAAGGCGGGCGUGGCCGCGCAGCAGAAGCGGCGCAAGAAGUCGGCGCUGGGCGCGGGCGGCAGCAGCCCGGCGCUGUCGGCCUCGUCCUCCUCGGGGGGCACGUCCACGCCCGGCCACCGCGAGUGCGAGCAGUGCGGCAACAGCAUGCUGCUGGAGGGCGUGGCCAAGGCCUGGCCCGUGGGCAAGAAGAGCGUGGCGUCCACGGGCUGCCAGAUCUGCGACUUCGUGGCCUUCCGGCGCGCGCAGCGGCCCUGCGUGCAGUGCGCGCGCACGGGCUGCGACCACUUCUGCGAGUGGUGCGGCAAGGGCUUCCACGCCAAGUGCGCCAAGCUGCGCAACGAGGACGUGGGCAACCCCAACGGCUUCUGCUGCCACAAGUGCGAGUCCGAGCAGAGCGAGGGCCACGACACGGACGAGGACGAGGCCAAGGCGGACGAGAGCGACGAGGAGGACGUCGGCUCGCGCUGCGGCAGCUGCCGCCUGCCGUUCUCCACGACGGCCAAGGAGCCAGAGGUGUCCACGGGCUUUAAGGUCAACCAGGCGGUGCUCGUGGACAACGACGAGGUGCUGUAUAACGCACUGAUCACCGAGGUGGACACCAAGGGCGAGCGCAUUAAGAUCCACUUCACGCGCUGGAGCAAGUCGUUCGACGACUGGUACGCGAUGGACGACGAGCACAUUAACGAGAGUCUGGCGUGCGACUGCUGCAACAAUUGGUUCCAUAUCGGCUGUCUGCCGCCGAUUAAGAGCUCCGGAAGGUGGAAAGACUCGACGUACGUGUGUCCGAGGUGUAUUGACGACGCGCGCGCCUUCCACAACGGCAACCGGUCGGUUCUAAAGGCGAAGGCGGCGUAUAUCUCGACGAGCAACGCGAUUGCGAAGGCUGCGAAGAAGGUGACGUCACCGAAAGAGAGCGAAACGGCUGCGGAGGCGGUUGCGAAGACUAAGAAGCUCAGCAAGGCGGUUGUGGUCAUGGACGACGAUGACGAAGACAUGGAGGAGAAGAAGGAGGACAACGACGACGAAGACAUGGAGGAGAAGAAGGAGGACAACGACGACGACGAGGGGGAGCCCGACAGGGAAGUCGAGGUCAAGAUCGCGAAGGCACCGGCGAAAAAGAAGCGAAAACUGUCAGAAGUGGGCGAUUCCCCUGCGAAUGCGCGUGCGAAAGAGACUGCGAAUGAAAAGAUGGAAGAUAGCGGGGGGAAUGCUCAAUCCGAGUCGAAUUGCGCGAAGCCUGCGCCAGCGAAAAGAUCAAGCCCUGCUGCGUCCCCCUCUAAAGCUGAUUCACCAGCGUCAGAAGCGAAAACGACCGAUGCUGCGAAGACUAGCCCGACUGCGACCACCACAAAGGAAAAGGCAAAUGCUGGCGUCAAAGCGGAUGAAUCUACGACGCCGGAUGCGAAGGCUGCUGCGAUGAUGCACGCGUCUCCAGAGCACACUGUCAAGGCGGCUACCGAGGCACACAGCUCUCCGUCCAAAGCUACCACUGCCAAGAUUGGCUCAACUAACAAAACGGGUUCAGAGGCGAAGGCUGAAAAGCAGAAGUCGACGGCAUCUGCCUCGUCUUCUUCGGACAACUCGAAUCGGCAUUCAUCGUGCAAUACCGUUAUGUCGCUUUUGAACAGUCCGCCGACGAAUGAGGCACAAUCCUCGUCAUUUAAGCCGACGGUGACUUCGCUUCCAAUGCUGAACCCCGCCAAAGAUAAAGCCACGUCUUCGUCAAAGCCGUCGAUGGCAAUGCCGGCCAACUUCCAGGUGUACGUGAAGAUGGAGCAGAAGAAUGGGCGUUUCCCGCUGUGCCCGCGUCCGAUGCCGAAUGUGAAGUCCGUGCAGGCGGUCCGAAAGGAAGUGUCCACCGCUCCCAAGUCGUCGAAGCCGACGGCCGCCCGAAAAUCGAAGCAGGGCCAACCUGGUGCAGCGGGACGCGGUCUUAGCGCGUUUGAUAUCCUGCGUGAAGUGGCGUCACAGGAGAUCGACGAGGGCGCUGCGCCAGUGAAGCCGAAGCGCGAGAAGCGUACGUCGACCAGCCGAACAAGCAGCACAAGCGCGAACAAGCGUGCCAAGAUUGAUGUAUCCACGAGCUCGUCGAAUGCAAGCGCCUCGCCGGGGUGCGCAACGUCCGCAGGUGCGCCCAGCCACCCUGUUGCUGCAGAUACCACCCAUUCGUCCCAGACCCGCGAGCGUAUCCAGAUGAACUCCUUCGUGGACCUGCACUUCAGUAUCCGCAAGGAAAUGUAUCUGCGCUUCUGUCGGCUAGAGGAAGAGGGGAUGCUGACGCGAGACUCGGCGCAUCUGCUGCGCUCGCUCAUCUACCCGACAUCGGAGCGAUUCCAAGAUCUCAAGUUCGUUUACCUGGUGAACAAGGACCUGCCAUCGGUACAACUCACAAAACGGCUGCUGGAAGCGGUGCCGUACCCCCCAGCGGUGGCAAAGCCCAUUGCUACCACCGUUCCUCACGCUCCCCCUGCUGCGGCUAUUCGAUCUCCGCUGGGUGGGAAGGGUAUUGCAGGACUCCCCAUGACUAUGGGGAUGUUUUCAGCUGGAUUGGGGAGAAACUCGUCGCCUGCAAGCACACCGCGGAUGGGAUUGCUGCCCCCUCCUCCAGGAUCGACGCUGCUGAGACCGGAACCUCCGCGACCAGAUGAAUCCUCAAGACUUGCGUCUGGAAGUGGCAGUGCUCCACAGUCUCAGCCUCAGCCUCAAGCCCAGCCUGUGUCUCAACCCCAGCCGCAGCCACAGCCUCAGCCGCAGCGUUCUGUCCCAGUACCCGCGCCGGCGACCACCGCGAAGCGGCCUGAAAUGCUGCUGAUGGAGCAGCUCGCGCCGACGCACCGCCCUGUAACUAGCCAGCCCCAGCAGCAGCCGCAACAGCAGCAGCAGCGACUAUUGAAUUCAAGGUAA